AUGUGGCGGCAGACAGCGGAGUGGAAGGUGAUUGAAGACAGAGCAGAGGAUCCGGAAAAGGCCCCAGGGUGGACGGUCCCCCCGAAUUCCCUCAUGAUCCAGGGCUUCGAAUGGCACGUCCCGGCUGAUCAAUGUCACUGGCAGCGCCUGCGAAGAGCGCUGCCGAGCCUCAAAGGGGUCGGCGUGGACAAUAUCUGGAUUCCGCCCGCAUGCAAAGGGAUGGGCUCAUCAGGCAUUGGAUACGAUGUCUACGACCUGUACGAUGUUGGGGAGUUUGACCAGAAGGGAACCCGAUCGACACGGUGGGGCUCAAAGGAGGACCUGCAUGAACUUGUGCGAUCGGCCAAAGACAUGAACAUUGGGAUCAUUUGGGAUGCGGUCUUGAAUCAUAAAGCCGGGGCCGAUUUUACCGAGACGCUUUCGGCAGUGAGAGUAAAUCCUGACAAUCGCAACAUGGAGAUAUCCAAGCCCGAACAAAUAACAGCCUGGGUGGGCUUUGACUUUCCGGGACGCAAAGGAAAGUACAGUCCGCUUAAGUAUGACCAUCGACAUUUCACCGGGGUGGAUUGGGACCAGUCACGUAAGGAACAUGCUAUAUACAAGGUUGCCGAGCCCAGGAAAGAAUGGUCUAAGGAUGUCAGCGACGAACAUGGUAACUAUGAUUACCUGAUGUUUGCCAACCUGGACCAGAAUCACCCCGAAGUUCGGGCGGAUAUCUUCAAUUGGGCUGAGUGGAUUGGAACUGAGUUUUCGCUCAGUGGCAUGCGAAUCGAUGCGGCUAAACAUUACUCUGCUUCUUUCCAAAGGGACUUUGUGGAUCAUCUCCGGAGGACCGUGGGUGCCGAUUAUGUACUCGUCGGCGAGUAUUGGAGAGGAGAGGUGGAUCAUCUCCUGAAGUACCUGGAGGUCAUGGACAAUCGUGUUUCGCUUUUUGAUGUACCUCUAUUAGGACGAAUAGCUGCUAUUUCCCAAACGGAAAACAGCGACCUACGGAAGAUCUUCAAGGGAACCCUCGUGGAACAGAGACCUGACCAGGCUGUGACGUUCGUGGGGAAUCAUGAUACACAACCUGGCCAAUCGCUAGAGACAAUCGUCAUGCCAUUCUUCAAACCAAUCGCGUACGCGCUAAUUCUCCUCCGAAGCCAAGGCCAGCCUUGUGUCUUUUACGGGGAUCUGUAUGGACUUCAAGGUGGCCCGAACUCUCUCAACACCCCGUCUUGCAAGGGGAAGCUUCCCAUCUUGAUGCGGGCGAGGAAGCUUUACGCGUACGGGGAGCAGCGGGACUAUUUUGAUAAACGGAACUGCAUCGGAUUUGUGCGGUACGGAACGGUGAAAUAUCCUUUCGGGAUGGCCUGCAUCAUCAGCAAUUCCGUCGCGGCCUACAAGCGCAUGUAUGUGGGCAUCAAGCAUGCUGGAGAAGAGUGGACUGAUAUACUCGGUUGGUGUAUCGGAACUGUUAUCAUUGACAGUCGGGGGUAUGGAGUUUUCCCGGUCGCUGCGAAGAGUUUGAGUGUGUGGGUUAAUGAUAGGGCGAGGGGGAGAAGUGUUCUUGCUCGGCCAUUUGACAGAAAGAUAUACAGGAUCUAA